CGUAUCUGAACUUACAUCCGAAUUUUGUGAGUUCAACGAACUGACGAAUGAAAAUAAAUGUUAGCGUCGCCCUUUUUACCCAGUAAAUUGCCUUCGUCUGAUUAGAUAUAAAUACUACACUCCGAUCACCCCAUCACGAAGUCGACAUCAAUUCUCUGACAGAAUCGGCGCUUUUUCGAAAAGAUACAGCGAAUUAUGGACGAAGCUCUGGACGAACUCGAGAUAAAAUUGCAACUCAUGCACUCCCGAAUUUGCGCAUUGGAGACCAUCAUUCGUCCUGUUCCCAAUAACUCGAACGGAACUGGUGAAUCCACCGAAAUGCUUUCGGAAGGAGUUUCGACGAGUAGACGAGGAGUCGUCGUUCAGGAAGCACACAUCUCCCACAGGCAAAAUCAAAUCCCAAAUUUGCGGCGCAAAUUCGGCUCGACAGUUCCACCGCCACCAGAUUCAUUCCUGAAAUACCUGGGUCUGAUUAUGUUCGUCCGAAACAACAAUCUGCCCAAGCCACCAUUCCGACAAUGACAACAAAAAAAUAUUUCGAACACUGAUCGUCCUCUCCACAAAUGGAUUCUGCAUUUGUUCCAUCAAAAAGUACAUUCACAGAUGCUUCACCUCACCUCCUACUUCGUUUCCCCCUUUUGCAGAUUGGACAAGCGAUUACAGCGCAUAAAACCUGAUACACGUCCAAUACUUCCUUCGUAUUAUCGAAUGAAAAACAAUAGUUAUAUUUAUCCUCGUACAAUGACCCCCACACUUGGGAAUCAAGAAUCAAAUCCGAAGAGAAAGGUUCCAUUCCAGCGAACGAAAACGUCAAGACAGACGACACGAGAUAGUUAUGGUACCAAGCACACAGCUCGAACUGAUGAUCAGUUAUAGAUGACUCGAGAAUCCGAAGUUCACCAACUUCAAACGCGAUUUUUGUUUUCUUUUCUUUCAGUAACCGACACAGUCGAUACACAAGAGUACAUGAGGUGCGAUCAAGUUUUCCGACUUUUUUCUCUUUCUCUUUUUUUUUUCAAAUGCUAAG